AUGUCGCCGACCAACCAGGUAUACAUUGCCAUCAUCGGCGCCGGAGGGGUGGGCAAAUGCUUCCUCUCCCAGCUCCAGACCCUGGCGGCCCGACGACCAUCGCCCAAGCUCAGCCUGUGCUACAUCUCUACCAGCAAGAAGGCUCUCUUCAAGAAUGACUACGCCCCGAUCCCCACCGAGAACGCCCUGCAGGCGCUGGCCUCGUCGUCCACCGCACCCCUGGCCCUGCCCAAGGUCGUCGAGUUCCUGGCCGCCGCCCCCGCCAAGGUGGUCCUCGUCGACAACACCAGCUCCCAAGACGUGGCCGACGCCUACCCGGCCUUCCUGAGCCGCGGCAUCAGCAUCGUGACCCCCAACAAGAAGGCCUUCUCCGGGUCCUACCAGCUCUGGCAGGACAUCUUCACGGCCUCGAGCACCUCGGGCGCCAAGGUCUACCACGAGUCCUCCGUCGGUGCCGGCCUGCCCGUCAUCUCCACCCUCAAGGACCUAGUCGACACCGGCGACGAGGUCACCAAGAUCGAGGGCGUCUUCAGCGGAACCAUGUCCUUCCUCUUCAACUCCUUCGCUCCCCUCGAGGGCGAGGGCGGCAAGUGGUCGGCCGAGGUCAAGAAGGCCAAGGAGCUGGGCUACACGGAGCCCGACCCCCGCGAUGACCUCAACGGUCUCGACGUCGCCAGGAAGCUGACCAUCCUCGCCCGCUUGGCCGGCCUGCCCGUCGAGUCCCCCACCUCCUUCCCCGUCCAGAGCCUGAUCCCCCAGCAGCUCGAGUCGGUGGCCACCGGUGACGAGUUCCUCCAGAAGCUGCCCGAGUUCGACUCGGAGAUGGAGGGGACCAAGGCUGCGGCGCAGAAUCAGGGCAAGGUGGUCAGGUUCGUGGGCAGCAUCGACGUAGCUACCAAGGCUGUCAAGGUCGGGCUUGAGAUGUUUGAUCGGUCCCACCCCAUUGCCGCGCUCAAGGGCAGCGACAACAUCAUCAGCUUCUACACUAAGCGAUACGGCAGCAACCCGCUCAUCAUCCAGGGCGCCGGUGCCGGUGGCGACGUGACGGCCAUGGGCGUGACGAGCGAUCUCAUCAAGGUCCUCGCCCAGAUCUAG